AUGAAUAACCAAGUCAUCUACCCAUUCACCACAUUACGCCCGAGCAUCGAUCGAAUCAAAUUUCAAGUGGAACGGCUGGCUGCAAGUAUUCAUGAUAUUGAACUAAAUGGUGAAGCGGCCGGGCAGCAAAUUGCCGAUCGCGGUGAACAAACGUGGAAUAAUAUCAAGGAUCAUUUUACAAAGGAAAAUCAAACGAUUGAUAAUGUCGACAAGCUGGUGGACGUCGUCAACGCGAAAUUCUCGGACUGGCCGGUGGAUGCCCUAUUUGCG